AUGGCUUCUUCUUCGACUCGGACUCAGAUUAUGAAAUAUCAUGUCUUCCCGAGCUUCCAUGGCCCGGAUGUCCGCAGAAAAUUUCUAAGUCAUUUAUAUUAUCACUUUGCAAGCAAGGGAAUCACGACAUUUAAAGACCAGGAGAUCAAAAGAGGCCGUACAAUCGGACCUGAACUUAAACAAGCAAUAAGAGAAUCAAGGAUCUCGAUCGUGGUGCUUUCAAAGAAUUACGCUUCUUCAAGCUGGUGUUUAGAUGAAUUGGUUGAAAUCUUGAAAUGCAAAGAAGCUUGGGGGCAGAUAGUGAUGACUAUUUUUUACGAUGUUGACCCGUCUAAUGUACGGAAACAGAUUGGUGAUUUUGGAAGGGCUUUCGAGAAAACUUGUGAAAGGAAGACAGAGGAGGAGAAGCUGAGAUGGAGCAAAGCUUUGACUGAUGUCGCUAACAUAGCAGGAGAGCAUUCUUUAAAUUGGGAUGAGGAAGCUGCUAUGGUCGAAAGGAUUGCCAGAGUUGUUUCCAACAGACUGAAUGGUACAACGUCAAGAGAUUUUGAAGACAUGGUUGGACUGCAAGCUCACGUGACAAAGGUGAACACUUUGUUAUGCCUAGAAUAUGAUGAAGUGAAGAUGAUUGGAAUCUGGGGUCCUGCGGGAAUUGGUAAGACUACCAUUGCUAGAGCUUUAUUCAACCAACUGUCUACUGAUUUUCAAUUUAAAUGCUUUAUGGGGAACCUCAAGGGUAAUUAUAAAAGCAUUGGUGUUGAUGACUAUGACUCGAAGUUUUACUUACAAAACCAACUUCUUUCUAAGAUUUUGAACCAAAAUGAUGUGAGGAUACAUCAUUUAGGGGCAGUAAAAGAAUGGCUACAAGAUAAAAGAGUGCUUAUAGUUAUUGAUGAUGUGGAUGAUCUAGAGCAACUUGAGGCAUUGGCUAAAGAACCUUCUUGGUUUGGUUCUGGAAGUCGGGUUAUCGUAACCUCAAAAGAUAAAAAGAUUAUGAAGGCACCUUGGGCCAGCAUCUAUUACCAUGUGGAUUAUCCAUCCGGAAAAGAAGCUCUUGAGAUCUUAUGCAUGUCUGCUUUCAAGCAACGUUCUCCAUGGAAAGGUUUUGAAGAGGUUGCAGUGAAGGUAGCAAAACUUUGCGGUAAUCUUCCGUUAUGCCUUUCUGUUGUGGGUUCAUCUUUGCGUGGCGAGAGCAAGCAUGAAUGGAAACUACAGUUAAAUAGGCUCGGAACUAAUCUUGAUAGAAAAAUUGAGGAUGUAUUAAAAGUGGCAUAUGAAAAAUUGUCAAAGAAAGAACAAGUUCUUUUUCUUCACAUUGCAUGCUUCUUCAACACUGCACACAUUAAUAAGGUGACAACCUUGCUUGCUGACAGUAACUUGGACGUCAGAAAUGGGUUGAAGAUCCUAGCCGAUAAAUAUCUUGUGCACAUCACCGUUGGAUGUAUGGUAAUGCAUCCUUUAGUCCAACAAUUGGGAAGACACAUAGUUCUUGAACAGUCUGAUGAGCCCGAAAAACGUCAGUUUCUAAUUGAGGCCAAAGAGAUUUGUGAUGUGCUGGCAAAUGAAACAGGCACUGGAUCUGUCAUAGGUAUAUCAUUUGAUAUGUCCAAGAUCAAUGAGUUCUCUAUAAGCGGGCGAGCCUUUGAAGGAAUGCGUAAUCUACGAUUCUUAAGAAUCUAUCGGAAACCUUUUAGUAAAGAGGUUACAUUACGGAUACAGGAAGACAUGAAGUAUCUACCUCGUCUAAGGUUACUACUUUGGGAAUCAUUCCCGAGAAAACGUCUUCCUUCAACAUUUCGGCUAGAAUGUCUCAUCGCGCUCAUAAUGCCAAACAGCAAACUCGAGAAGCUCUGGAGAGGAAUCGAGCCCCUUGCAAGUCUCAGGAAGGUAGAUUUGAGUUUUUCCGAUAAGUUGAAAGAGAUCCCUAAUCUUUCGAAUGCUACUAAUCUCGAGAUAUUGACACUUCAAUACUGCACAAGUUUGGUGGAGCUUCCCUCCUCCAUUUCGAAUCUACACAAACUGAAAACGUUGAUGAUGUUGGGGUGUAAAAGGCUAAAAGUCGUUCCAACGAACAUCAACUUAGCAUCUCUUGAGAAAGUCAACAUGUAUCAGUGCUCACAGUUGAGAAUGUUUCCAGAUAUAUCAAGAAACAUCAAAUAUCUUUAUUUAGGAAACACAAAGAUAAAAGAAGUUCCUCCAUCAAUUGUUGAAAAUUGGCUUCAUCUUGAGGAGUUUUUCAUGGACGGCAGAAGACUGAAGAAAUUAACAUCUGUCCCACCAAACGUUACUCUCCUAGACCUAAGCUAUACUGAAAUAGAGAGGAUUCCAGAUUGCGUCAUAGAGCUCUCUGGGUUACGAACUCUUAGAGUCCAAUACUGCAGAAAACUUGUGUCGCUGCCGGAUCUUUCCCGUUCGCUUGAGUACCUAUAUGCAAACAAUUGUGGAUCACUUGAGAGAGUAUGUUCUUUCCAUGAUCCAGUCAAGCUACUUAUGUUCCACAACUGUUUGAAACUGGAUGAAGAAGCAAGAAGAGAGAUCAUACAACAAAGGGUUGAACGGUUUGUAUUGUUACCGGGUAAAAAAGUCCCUGCAGAGUUCACUCACAAAGCUGAAAAGAACUCCAUAACCAUCCCUCUUCCUGCGGUUGGUGAGGAGACUUUCUCUAUGUCCUUAAGAUAUAAGGCUUGCCUUGUGCUUUCACCAGUCGAAGAAGGCAACCCAAAUUUUGAAAUAACUUGUCGUCUUAUAAGCAGAGGACUUAUAACCAGAGGAGGUGUUCUUGUUAACAAAUUCCGUCAUCGGGUGGUGAUUCAUAGUCAGGCGAAGAUUCAAACUGAACAUCUGUUUAUCUAUUAUGAUGACCUGUUUCAAGAAAAUACAUGCCUAGAUGUGAUUGCGAGCAAGAUUCUGCUUGAAUUCAGCUGCGGGGGUAACUACAAUAUUGUUGAGUGUGGUGUACAGAUCUUGAUGAAGGAAGCUGAGAGUAGAUGCAGCAGCAAAGUUGAUUACUUUGAAACUAUAGGUAACAGCAACCACAGCACAGCUCGAGAAGGAGACUAUGGAGCAGAAGCUGUUAAGUUCUCUCAAGAUGAAAACAACAAAAGUCGUUGGGGUUGGCUUAGGAAGUUUGGUUUGUGGAAGAAGAAGAGGACCGAAGUUGCAUUAUGA